UCAAACAAACAAUUAUCAGCUCCCCACACGGCUCCUCAUAGUGUUCUCCAGCGGGAGGAACUCUCCGUUCCGUUCAUUGUUUUUGUGACAGCAGAUGCUCGGAUGUUGAUCUCCAACACGCACACAAACACACACGCACACACCACUGACCCACAUACUAUCGGCGGCUCGCGGGUGGAAAGGUCGCCGGCGGAGGAGCGUCGGUGUCCGGCGUGCGGUGGAUUGAGUUCUCGCGGGGCGGUAUUGAUUUAUCCGGGGAAUGCAAAGCCGUGCGGAGGGUGAUGGACACGCGCUGCAGCACUGCUGUCCUCCUGCUGAUCGAUCAUGUAGCAUCAUCACAUCAGGCAGACUUUAUCCAAGCGCGUUUUUUUCAGCCUCGAAGGAAGUAAACACGUUCACGCGACGUCGAAAGAUAUCUAUAUGCUGGAGUGCGAAAAGCGGACUGAACCACCGCGUGUUUGACCUCCGGAGCGGAUUUAUUUACCUCAUAGACCGCGUAAAAACACCGCAAAAACAUGUCAGUGGAUCCAACAUGCACCCGGUGUUCGCUGCAGUGUUCUGCGGGGACGCGAGGCGCGACAGGCCGCUGACCGACACAAUCGGGAUCCGGGCUGAAGAGCUGCGCAGGGAUUUUGUGAACACAGUUUUGCCAGAGCUCAUCUUCGAGGGACCAUCAUGUUGUCCAUCAUAGCUGCAGGGUCUGUGUUUUUCCCAGGUCUUUUCCUUUUGUCCAAACAGAUGCUCAGAUGCAUCCCUGGACUGCAGUGGAAUGAGGGAGAUGCCACCAUCGUUUCGGCCAGGUUGGUAUCAUCCAUUCAGGCGAUCAUGGCGUCUACGGCCGGAUACAUCAUCUCCUCUUCCUGCCAGGACAUCAUCGAGGACCAGCAUUGGCUGACCAGCUCCUACAUCCUGUUCGCUGUGCCGUAUUUCGUGUAUGACAUCUACGCCAUGUUCCUGUGUUACUGGCACAAGGUCCAGGUCAAAGGGCACGAGGUGGACAACGGCUCCAGAUCCAAGGCUACGGCCGUCGCUGGAUACCUGCGCAGAGAGUUCCUCAUGGUCCUCCAUCAUGUGGUUAUGGUCACCGUCUGCUUCCCCGUCUCUGUGUUCUGGAGGCAGGGGAAGGGCGAUUAUAUCCAGGGUGUCAUGUUCCUGGCUGAACUCAGCACACCGUCCGUCUGUCUGGGCAAGAUCCUCAUCCAGUACAAGCAACAGCACACACUUCUUCACAAAGUGAAUGGAGCUGUAAUGCUGAUCACUUUCUUCCUCUGUCGAGUCCUUCUCUUCCCCUAUCUCUACUACGUUUAUGGAAGAUAUGCCUCCAUUCCCUUUUACCGGGUUCCUUUCUCGGUGCCGUGGCAGUGUAACCUCGGCGCAUCUCUCCUCAUGGCCCCGCAGCUCUACUGGUUCUCUCUGAUCUGCAGAGGAGCUCUGCGCCUGUUCACCGGCAGCUCCUCGCACUCCCGCAAACCUCCGGUUAAGCCUGACUGUGAAGGACACGAGACAGCCAAUGGAUACAGCACACGGAUGGUGGGUCGGGACACGCCCACAAUGUCACACUGAAGGGGGAGGGCUUAUGCAAAUGAGACUAAGCAAAGAAGAAAGACAAUUGGAUGAGUGAUUAACUGAAAUAGACUAGACGCCCUGUAACCAAUCACAGCACAGCAUUACGUUUAGUUACAGGGCUCAUGUACUGUAUAUAAGACGUAGAAAAGGCGGAGAAUUCGCUGGAAGUGUCUGCACGAUGGACCGUCACAUCGCAAUUGAGGCAAUAAGUGCGAAUUUUACGUUUCCGAACCAAGAGAAGCACUAUUUGUUGGCACUUUGAAGGGUGUGGAGGAAUGUCAAACUGAGGUUUUCGUGCCUGAAGUCUGUUCUUUGCAUAUAUUACUGUAGUGUCACAGAUGCAUCGUUCAUAGAGGAGUCCUUGAUUAUUAUAUUUAGCAAUGGUCUACAAUGAGCAACCCAAGGUUACAGGCAUUACCCGGCUUCAGAUGGUCGGUUUAAAGGGGCAGUUCAUCCAAAAAAUACAUUUCAGCUUAUUUGUGAAAUGCAAAUUGGAGAUGCUUGGUGAAAUGAGCUGCUGUUUUUCAUAUGACUAUUUUAUUUUGCGCCCAAAAAAUAUCCAUAAACGCUUUAGUAUUUUAGAAUAAUAGAGUAGAGUUUACAUUAUACAAGUAACAUUUAUAUUUCCAUAACACUUUACAAUAAGGUUGUAUUAGUUAAUAUUAGUAAAUGUAUAACAUGAACAAACAAUGUGCACAUUUAAUACUGUAUUUAGGGGUGGGCGGUACACCGGUGUCAUAGUCAUCACCGUUGUGACAUUGCGCCACGACAUGGAUUUUCUAAUACCGUCAAUACCGUAAUAAAUCAAUUAUGCGCCUUGAACAGCUGCAUUUACAUCAAUAAUAGCUAAUUCUAAAUAAUAAGGCAUUCAAUUUUCUUCAAACGUUCAGUUGUGGUCUGAAUACAUGUCCUUAUACUACAGGGCUCGAAAUUGCAACCAUUUUGGUCGCAUGAGCGCCCGAAAUCUAAUCUAUGCGCCCUCAUAAUAUAUUUGGGAGCAUUUGUGUGUCUGAAUAUAAUGGUUGUAGUGCAAUCUGAUUAGAUUUUCUCUAAAAACUUGCUGAAUCGCUCUACGCUGCUGCUGUAUUGGUUCAUAUUAGCUGUCAGUCACUCAACGCUUCCCGCUGUCAGAUAACAGGGAGCUUUUGUUACUGCAGGAAAUGCAAACGGCUGAAGAGUGAAAAGUGCACAGGUUUGCAAACCUCACCUAAAGUUAUAAUAAUAAUAAUAAUAAUAAUAAUAAUAAUAAUAAUAAUAAUGGCGCAGAUGGCAGCGAUCAUAACAUGAGGUAAA